GUUGCCUGCCUGCUCCAACACCACCUCACUACUCCUCGCCUCUCCCUUCUCUACCACUGCGCACCCGUGCGGCCUCUCCUUGUUCUUCAUUUCUCACCUGCAACUGCGCACUCGACUGACCACAACUACCACCACCAUGUCCGGCAUUCACGGACAAGUUGUCGGCCAUCUGGCCAAGCGCGGCUACGAGGCGGUGCAGGAGCACAUGUCCCAGCUGCAGCACGAUGCCACGCUCUACGACCAGGCCGGACCGGAGAUGGAGGUGCAGCCAUGGGAGAUGUUGCCCGUCAUCGUCACUGGCUUCCUCACGCUUCUCCUGAUCGCAGCGAUCAGGUACACUGUCGGCGAGGUGGUUGCCAGCCUUGCUAUGAUCGAGUCGCCCACCACCACUGCCAUCGUCCAGGACAACCCUCCCGCCUACGCCGACGAGCCAGAUGCGCCGAUUGAGAAAGAGCCGCUGAUGCCCUCCGAGGCGGAGGCCGACGUCGAGGUCACACUGAUCAACAAUAAGCCUGUCACUUCGAGUAUCCGCGCGUCUGUGAGGCAUCUUACGAACAUUGGCGGCUUCCGUGGGAGAUUCAGAGGCGCCGCUGUGUCAGUCGUGUACCACUUCGCACACAGUCUGCUCACCAACUUCCUAUCUGGACUGCUGGGUAUGGGUUUGUUUGGCAGCGCGAUCAUGUACAUUGUCGCAUCGCUCGGACUGGCACGCCUGCACAUGGUCUGGACCCACACCAUGAUCGGUCAACCCGUGGCCCAGCCUUUCUACCGCCGCUUUGUUCCACGCAAGCAAUGCAAGGCUAUUCUCCUACCAUCUCUGGUCUUCGCUAUGGCGCAGCAAGCGACUCUACUCCUACCUCUCAUCGUCGCUGUCGCCUUAGGCUUGCCUGACAUCGACCACAGCCAGGUCACAAAUGCCGCCAAGCAUGACUGCAGCAAGCUGGUGUGGAUGGCCUUGCGCUUUUUGGCUGUCCCAGCUACCGGCCUCUUUGUCGCUUUCGCCAUUUUGCUGCCUGCGACAGUCACUCUCACCCGGAUCGAAGCUCUGCUUCUUCCUGAGGACCAAGACACCAUUGUUCCUUUCGACCGCAGUGCGAUUGUCGGCAACGUGGACAUCACUGCUAAGGGCAGCUCUCGCGCCAUCUUCAUCCAGGCAUGGAGGUCCUUUGACAGCUCUGCACGAUGGAGGCUGAUCAAGCUCUACGUUAAGAUGGCUGCCAUGCAGAUCGGCGUUAUCUUUGUGAGCGUCCACUUGAUGGUCGCCGAGAUCUAUGUUAUCGGUGGCGAGAGGCUUGGUCUCCUCAUCAAGAGCGCUCUCGCGCAGAUGCAACUUGCGGCCAUCGAGGCCAACGGCGAGAACUAGAUGGGCGUUUCCUACAAAACUCACACUCUGUUAUCUUGAUCAAUGCAGCGGUUGACACAGAUUACUUGAACGGCUCUUGAGAACGAUUUCUUGGACUGAGUGAAACUGAAAUUGGAAUAGGUCAUUUGUAAAAUAUUUCUUCUAAGCGUUUAUGUAUCAGUCUCAAAAGAAGUUUCUGAACCAGCCACUCUGGCA